AUGGCUGCCUCAAUCUCGAACGAAGACUUCACCAAUUUACAGCUUCUUCUGAAGGCUCCGUCGAAAGACGCCGUGAGAGACGUUUGCGUUCAGAGUCACAGGGGUCCAUGUCUCCGGCUGACUGAGAGCACCGCGGCGGCCUUCAGCAUCCCUGCAGCCCAGGCUGCUCAGCUGGUCCAGUCUCUUCAUACUCUGUCCCGGCAUGUCCUCUUCCACAACCUCAGCACCCCCGAGCAGAUCCUUGCCAUCUUCCCCGAGUCCUUCCACUCCAGCCUGAAGAACCUGAUCACCAAGAUCCUGCUGGAGAACAGCCCCGCCUGGAGGACCGAGGCCCUCAGCCAUCAGAUCUCUCUGCCUCAGCUGAAGGACUUGGACUGGAGAGUGGACGUGGUGACCGGCUCGGACUCGGUCAGUCGGAUGGCGGUGCCGACCUGCCUGGUUCAGCUGAAGCUGGAGGAUCCGUCGGCUGAGGGGGAGUCCGGGUCCACGGUGACCGUGGAGCUGAGCCGGGAGUCUCUGGACACCAUGCUGGAUGGACUGGGACGCAUCAGAGACCAGCUGUCUGUGGUGGCUGGGAAAUGA